UCUGACGUCGCAACAGCUAAAAUAAAAAUAAAAACAAAUUCGCUUUCGGCUGUAAAUAAUUCGCAUCGUGUCGUGUUGCACUGAAAAAUCACUUGUAAAUUGUUGUGUCAUUAAUUGCGCAAAGACAAAGAGACAAAAAGACUAAACAACAAAAAAGAAGUGCGACACAGUGUGCUGAUUGUUGACUCAAAUUAAAAGUGCGACAAAUUUUAAUUUACAUUUUUUGUUUAUUUCGGUUUGUUCGUUUUCGUUUUAUUUCGGUCGCCUGACAAUCACUCCUAAAUCGCCUUUAAAACGUACCCGUAAAAUUAAGUAAAUUGCUAACAUCAGUUAAUUCCAGUCGCCAAAUCAAAUCGGACAUAUCUACAUAUCCAAACAUUUCGAGAGAACCCAGAACAGGAAACAAUCGGAAUCAUUUGGGAAAUUUAUCAUUCGAACAUGGACCUGAAAAUGGAGCUGGGAGGUUACGUGCAAUCCGCGCCCAACACCAAGCGGUUCGUUGUGGAGGACUCAAUUACCAAGGUGACUUCCGACGGGGAGCCGCAUGGAAUGAUGACCAUGGUGGCCGGAUUGUCCGGCCUUUUGGCGGCCAUCAUCAUUCUGGCCGUUCUCGUGUCCAUGGUGGCCUGUCGCAAGCAAAGGAGCAACGCCAACCGGAAGAGCAACUCCUCCAGCAAUGUGGUGCCCAUGACCAGUGUUCCGCAGGAUCAGCCCCAGUUGGCGGGCAAUUUGAACGCAGCGUUUGCCGAGAGCACCCUGACCUUGGACAAGGUCAAGGACAAGGACGACGGGGGGGCGGGGGACCAGUGGCGGCCCACUUCCGUAGUGGUGGAGCGGUACUAGCUGAGGGGUAAUAUAUCUCCAAAUGUAUAUGUUAUAUACCCCAGCCACCGGAUGGGCACGUGAUGUUUUUUGUAAACGUUUGAGACUGAGACUUAGCCUAAGGAUUUCCAUCACCAUCUUAUAUCUUGUAUCAUAUAUGGAACUAUUUUUUUUUGCUUGUUAAAAAUAUAUUAUAAAAUAUACACACCAUAAGAUCAGAGAUUUAAAUUGUUUUAGAAAUUUGUUAAACAUUU